CAUGAAUUUGACAUUCUCCAACCAAAACCAAAUCAAAGAAGAAACAAAAGAAAAAAAGUGAAAAAGAACUCCAAAAGAAAAAAUCACAUCCCAGCCAUAACAAAAUAAUAAAAGGAUUUUUCCUUACUUAAAAACUGAAUUCAAAUUAUUUUCUUUAAAAGAAAUUAGCAUGUUCUUACUCAAUAAUCUACAUUCUUAUAUAAUUAAAUAAGUUUCCUCUCCAAAGUCAAACCAACAAACACAAAAUAAAUAAUCUUUCACUACUGAAGUUAAACUCUAUUACAAAAAAAAAAGAUUACUAAUAGAAAACGUCGGCGACGCAAAGACGACGUGGCUAACAAACCUUAUCGACUUAAAACAACAGCAACAAAAUUAUCGAAGAAAUGUUUGCAAACAUGAGAAAUCGUUUUCUCACCGCUAUCGUGCCGGACAAUCAAGCAGCUCUCCCUGCUCCCGAUGGCAGUGGCGGCCAUCAUCACAAUUCCUAUCAAAAGAAACGUCUCCCAGACAAGUUUCAAUAUGCUCGGCCAAUCUUCCUUCAGCUCAUCACUCUCGAUGAGCUGAGGGCCUCCGCCGAUCACAAUGUCCGUCCGAUUAUUGUCCCGCGUGACAUUUCCAUUCUCCCUUUUGGCACUGGCUAUGCCGAGUGUGUAAACUCUGGCAAAUCCGAAUGGAAUGAAGAUCAAGCUGCUUUUUGUCGGCAAGUCUUAUCUGAUCCUUCGAAAAAGCACCCUGAUUUACCUUAUACAUAUUUCGGUAUAUUCGAUGGUCAUGCUGGUUAUGGAGCUGCUUUGGCAGCUUCCCAUCAAUUCCAUCAUAUUCUCCAUGAGAAAUUGGUUGAUAUCAUAGAUAUGCUCUUGCCGCGUGGCGAGGAUGAGAAUGGGGCAGUUCGUCCCGAUGGAGGAUUGCCUCAUCCGUCACAUUUUUAUAAAACUGUGACAAAGGAUGAGUUAGUCAUUGGAGCGCUAGAGAGCGCUUUCUUUAAUAUGGACGCACUCAUUGCCCAAGAUAGAGAUUGGUAUCGUGACGCUGGCGGUUGUACCGCUUUGGUCAGUCUUUUUAUCUAUGGAAAAAUGUUUGUAGCGAAUGCUGGCGAUAGUCGAGCUGUUCUCUGUCAGAGAGCUACAGCAAAAGUACUUAAUAGCGUUGACAAAGAGGCGAAUCCGACUGUAUUCCCUGUUCCAUUUUCAUUCGAUCACACGCCGGAGACAGAGCGACGUCGAUUAAUGAAUACCGCUCAACUGAAACCCCAGUUAAUGGGACGACAAUAUAUCGCAAUGGAAUAUGCUCGACGACCACAUGUUAAAGACUUGGGACAGAGGAUUCUCUGUCGACAAGGCAACACUGAAGGUUGGGUUUACAAAACUCUCAAUCGUGAAGAUCUCAGAAUGCCAGUUGUAACAGGAGAAGGCAAACGAAGUCGUCUUUUAGGCACUCUGGGAGUAACUCGUGGUUUUGGUGAUCAUGAUCUCUUAGCAAUAAAUACGGGCACAUUGAUAAAACCAUUCCUUACACCUCAUCCGGAGGUGAAUCGACGUGAUUUGUCGAAAAUCGUUUCCAUUCCAGGGGAAAAUAAUGAAGAUGGUGAUUAUGGAAUCCUCGUAAUGGCCACAGAUGGUUUGUGGGAUGUUUCGGAUAAUGAGACUGUAGCCAAGACGGUAUUUCAGACAUUGGCAAUGUAUCCAACAGAAAAGCAUCGUUAUACGAUGGUAGCUCAGGAGCUUGUGGCGAAAGCUCGUGGGAAGAUAAACGACUCUGGUCAUUGGCGGCUGGCGGAUAGUAAGGCUGCUGCGACAGUUGAUGAUAUAUCGGUUAUAGUCAUUCCAGUGUAUCAGUAUUAUAAAGAGCAUGUUGAAUGGGAGAGAAUGUGUGCUGAAAAGGCUAAGAUGGAGCCAGUCCUUACAAAUGGUGUAGUUGAAGAGGAUAUUUCGAUAGCUGCGGCUGCAUUGGAAGCAACAGAAAUUCAUAGCAAUAAUGAGGAUGACGAAGUUGAAGAAAAGCAAAAGGAUAAUAAAAAAGAAGAAGAAGAAUUACAACCUAGUUUAGAGCCGAAAACGGCUGAAGAACCUUAAAAGAGACAUUAAAAAAAUACUAUUCUAUAUUUUUUUUUU